AUGCUAGGAAGAGCAGCAGCAGCGGGCACUCCAGCAGCAACCCCGGCAGCAGCAGAAGUUGCAGCAACGGGAGGAAAGGGCGGCGCUACGCGGGGCCUGCGAGCUCGCGGCCGGCAGUCAGCAGCAGCAGCAGCAGGCCCGCAGCAGAGAGGCAGCAAGUCCUUCUCACGCAUUUCUCCAGACGGCGCAGCAGGAGAGGCAGCAGCAACAGCUGCUGCUGCUGCUGCAGAUAACCUCAGCGUUACGAGUGGGGGCGGCGGCGGCUCGGGGCCUUCGGGCGGCGACCGGGACAUGCUGAAGGGCCCCUGCAGUAGCACGGUGAAGAAGAGCUCGAGCCGCGGCAGCCGCCUCCAGUGGAGCCGCUUCGACGGCCUGUUCCGGCGGAUCCCCGUGGGGCCUUUUGCUGCUGAUGUCUCCAGGGCUUUCAAGGAGGGGCCUGAGCGGCAGCAGGCGCUGCAGGAAGCAAAAGCAAUAGAAGCAACUUUGCUGCAGCCGGCCUGCGCCCCUGCUGCAGCAGAUUUGCUGCUGCCGGCGCAGGAGGACCUCGACGCGCUGCAGCAGCUGCUGGACCUGCACGCGCACGUCAUCCGCGAGGCUCGCGAGAAAGCCAGGGCCAAGAAACAAGCCAGCAGCAGCAGCAGCAGCAGUAGCAGCAGCAGCAGCAGCAGCACGGAGGCUGUGGAUGUGGACAUGCCCGUGACGGCGCUUAUCGACUUUGGCUCUGUGGCUGCUUGGUGCUGCUUCGAAUUUGUAGAGAAUCAGCAAGGAGCUUCUCACUCUGCUCAGCUGCUGGACGCGCUGUGCAGCAGCGGCAGAGACGCCAUCAGCAGCAGCAGCAGCAGCAGCAGCGACGGCGGCAGCGGGAGCUUCGUUUUGGACGACGCAGCCAUCAGGGAGUACUUGCGCAAAGUCGUUGCGCCAGCGCUCGCGCAGCAGAAGGGCGAGGGUUCUGCUGCUGCUGCUGUUGCUGCUGCUGCUGGCCAGGACCCCGCAGCAGCGGAUCGCGACAGCAGCAGCAGCAAAUAUGAGGCCCUUGCUUCGCAGCUCUCUGUAAGGGCCUUCAAAAUCCUCACAAGUUACCAGCUGGCCUUUUGCCGCCGCCACUUGCAGCGCCUGCAGCUGCCAGCAGACGGGACAGCGCCUAACCUCAGGGCUCUGUUGGAGCAGCAGCUGCAGCAGCAGCAGCAGCAACUGCAGCAGCAGCAAGAACAGCUGCAGCAGCAGCAACAGCAGCAACAGCAACAGAAAGACGCGACCAAUGCGACAGAGGCGGGGGGGGGGGGGGGCA